AUGUCAGCACGGGACUACCUGGUGGUGCAGGGCGGGCCUGGUGCAGGCAAGAGCACGGCGGUGGUGCAUCUGGUGAAGGCGUUAGCUGCCGGGAAACUCUGGUGCUUUCAUAAUGUAUCUGCUCCUGCUCGUACUCCCACCCCUACCCAGGCCAUGUCAGCACGGGACUACCUGGUGGUGCAGGGCGUACCUGGUGCAGGCAAGAGCACGGCGGUGGUGCAUCUGGUGAAGGCGUUAGCUGCCGGGAAACUCUGGUGCUUUCAUAAUGUAUCUGCUCCUGCUCGUACUCCCACCCCUACCCAGGCCAUGUCAGCACGGGACUACCUGGUGGUGCAGGGCGGGCCUGGUGCAGGCAAGAGCACGGCGGUGGUGCAUCUGGUGAAGGCGUUAGCUGCUGGGGGCCGGUCGGUGCUUGUGGCUGCCCACACCAACACGGCUGUCGACCACAUUCUCCUGAAGCUCAUGAAAAAGGGAGUGGCGGUGCUGCGAGUGGGGAGGCCUGCAGCUGUGCACCCAAACCUGCUGCCUUACACCCUCAACGACAGAGUGUACCUGGACCUGCUGCCAUGCACUAAUCGUCCCUCGCCCCUAGUCCCUCGUCCCUCGUCCCGUUCUCUCUCCCCUCGUUCCCACCGUGCUUCCCUCUUCCCUUGCCGUUUCUCUUCUUGCUUACAUUCGUCCCCAGGGGGAGGUAUGGACGUGGGCAGUGUAGCGGGCAUGGAGGCAGUGGGUUUGGGCGCAUCAGUGGUGGGGUGCACGUGCCUGGGCGUGGGGCAGUCGCUCUUUGCUCGCAAGCGCUUUGACGUGGCAAUUCUGGACGAGGCAGGACAGACGACCCUGCCUGUAAGUGGGGUUGUCGUUGGAUCUGUUUGCUCGCGGAGAGUGUUUGCUCGUUGGAUCUGUUUGCUCGCGGAGAGUGUUUGCUCGUUGGAUCUGUUUGCUCGCGGAGAGUGUGCAUCAAGCAUGGGGAGACCCAGAGAACAGGCGUCCUGGGUUUGCCUAGGCGUGGGGCAGUCGCUGUUUGCGCGCAAGCGCUUUGACGUGGCUAUUCCGGACGAGGCUGGGCAGACCACCCUGCCGGAGGCGCUUGGCCCGUUACGCCUAGCGUCAACCUUCGUGCUGCUGGGAGAUCUGCACCAGCUGCCACCUCUUGUUCGGGACCCCAGGGCGCGGCAGCAGGGGCUGGGGGUGAGCCUACUGCAGAGACUAGCGGAGGCGCAUCCGGCAGCAGUGGCGCAUCUGAGCACGCAGUACCGCAUGUGCCGCCCCGUCAUGGCCCUCGCUAAUGCUCUCGUGUACGACGGGCGUCUCAAGUGCGGGUCCGAGGCUGUCAGCAACGCCAGGCUGGUCCUGCCGAAGCUGGGCUCGCUCCUGGGCAUGGGGAAGGGGGGUCUGCCGCUGUGGCUGCAGCAGUCCUCUCUUUCUUGCUCUUCCCCUCCCUUCGUUUCUUUCCCGCUUCACCUCUUCUCCUUCUCCUCUCUGUCUCCCUCUGCAGCUGAGGUGGAGGGUAUACAAGAAACCCGGGAGAAGGAAUCAACGUGCAACGAGGGAGAGGCAGCGAUCAUAGCGCGCAUAGUAGCCUCCCUAGUAGCCGCAGGGCUGCCUGCAUGCGACAUUGGCGUGGCCACGGUGUACAAUGCGCAAGUCAAGGCGCAGAGAGCUGCGCUGGCAAGAGUCCUGGGGCGAGGGGGAGGGUGCCGGGAGGAAUGGGGGGAGGACAAGGAGGGGGGGAUUAAGCGGGGCGUGAAAGGAGGGUUGCAGGAAGGCGUGAGGGAGGCGAACGGGGGAAUGGAGGGGGGCGUGGAGGGGGGUUGGGAUGGGGAAGUGGAAGUGGAGGUGGAUACGGUGGAUCGGUUCCAAGGGCGGGACAAGGCGUGUGUGGUGUUCAGCACUGUGCGGUGCAACCGGCGCGGGCAGCUAGGACCUGUGCUGGCGGAUGCAAGCCGCUGCAACGUCGCCAUCACACGCGCCAAGGCGAAGCUACUAAUUAUCGGUUCUAGCUCCACUCUUCGACGGGGGUCGGCGCACUUCCUGCGACUGCUGCAGCUGGUGGACCGAGAUAACCAGCUGUAUGAACUGCCAAGUCACGCACUAACAGACUGCACUACAGCAGGACAGCCAACCACAGGCAUAUGA